CCCGACUGAAAGAUGGCCACCGCCGCCGCCCGCCCGCCGCCACAGCCCGGGAGCUGCCUGUAGGGCCUGCAGCCCCAGCCGGCCCCCGCCGCCCGCCUCCUUACCAUGAGGCCAGUGAGUCGCCGCACCCUGGACUGGAUGAGCUCGGCGUUGCUGUUUGCCAUCGUUUUACUCUCGUGGGGAUAUGUCAUCUAUGCAUCCACGGUGGCCGCACGGCGACAGCUGAGGAAACAGUACCCCAAGUUCUGGGAUGAAUGAAAAUGUGUAGUUCUCUGCAAAUUCCUUAUGUUU